AUGUCGUGGGACAGCGCGCUCGCCGUCGCCGUCGCCAUCGCCAUCCGCAACGAGGACGAGGCUUCUUCUUUCGUCUUUCGGGUGCUCAUCAGUUCGUGCAUUCGCAUUCGCGGGCUCAGAAGCCUGGAGAAGGGUGGCGCCACCGGCCUCGAGACCUCGAAGGCAGUGACAGCCACGACCAGACAGCAGAGUCAGGAGAAAGACUCGGAGAAAGGCAGUGAGGCUGCGGAGUAGAAGCGGGGAGGGCUGCUUGCCUUAACACAAGCAUGUGGGGUGCGCCGUGGCUAAAAACAGACCUGACACCGGACCUGCGACGCAUACUGCGCCGAUGGCGUCGUCCGCGGCUUGCAGUGUACACGCGUCCGCGCAGGCGCCCGCGCCCACAUACACACACAGCCGCAUUGCAGAGCAAGAGCAGCGCAACUCAGCGUAUAGCCGGACGACGCAACCAAGAAAGGGAAGAUGGACAGAUGGAUUGGCAU